AUGGAUGACAGUUCACCAGAUCUGUCGCUUAAGUUGCGACGAGGAUCGAGCGAUUCGAGGGAGUCAUUUUAUAUGGACUUCGCUCAAGGAAUCGACUCGGAUAUCGAAGAAGUGACAACGAUUGAACGGAUAAUACCUGAGCAUCCGGGCGGGCGGACGGAGGGAGAUGCGGACACGCUCGCGACGCCUUCCGGCUUGGAUGACAAGGACCUGUCUCAAUGCUGCUAUUCGAUACCGGCGAACAACAUGUCGGGAGGUUCCCACGUGUCGAGGGGGACAUUUGGUGCAGACUCCGAAAUGUCUGGCAGUAGUGCCCCACCGCUACCCAGCCCGGCGUCACCGGGGGCUGCAUUAGUGUCACCAGAAACAUUGAGCAGACACAGCAGCCCUCCCCCUAUACCCGCUCAUCCAACACAUCAACCGGCACCAUCUUGUUCUUCUCAUCGAGUUCACAUGGAAUCCCCUUUACGGUUGUCAAGUCCGCCAUCAAUGACGCUAGGUGCGUCUCUGUCGCUACAACCAGUGCUGUACGGCCCUAGUUCUGGCUCAGCUCAACCGCCGCUGCCACCUGCCAGGCAUCCCAGACGAUCAUCCACAGCGAUACAAAAUAUGCAUGUAAUUAGCGCUGGCGACGCACUUGCAACUACUCUAUCGGCACUAUAUGGAAAACUGUUGGUUGUUAUGGGUGUUGCGUUUCCCAUGGCUGAAGUAAUUUCGACGUACAUACCACCAUCAUUCUAUGAGGGCUUCUAUCUGUACCUGUACAUCGGCAGUAUGGUGUUCCUUUUGUAUAUGUACGCCGCACUUCUGCGAGACCGAUCGCGCUCCGCAGCUGACACUACUGUCGUCGCUAAGUCGGAUACGAGCUCGUCGCCAUCAGAAUCAGACUCCUGUUCCUCCCGCACGGAGCGCAGCAUGACGACCGCCGCGCACAUGCCGCCUAACCUUGCUGCUAAGCGCCUCUCUUUAGGAUUCGCACUCGCCACACGAACUCACCACUACGGCAGUUUCUAUUUGAGGAUGGGUGCUGUUGCAUUCGGCAUCGGUUCAAUGAUCUACUCGGGUCUAGAGUUCGGGCAGUACUGGGAACUCGAAAGGAAUACGAAUUGCCACAACGUGCUCCUCGCUCUGACACCAGCCACGCGAAUGGCCUUCAUCUUUAUACAGAUGUACUUCAUCUUUCUCAACAAUGAGAUGAAAGUAUACAAACAUAAGAUAGUGGCCCGUUUCGGACUGAUGCACAUGGUCGGUACCAACCUCAGCGUGUGGCUCAACGUACUAGUUCAAGAGACGAAGCACGAAAUACUCACAUUCUACGAUCCUGAGAAUAAAACUAUUGGACUGUCUCAUCGUCUUGCAUUUCAAAAAGCCUUCGCAUCAUUGUCAACUGAAGUUCCGGCUUCUCAUCCAGCAGCGGCACAUUUACGAGUACCUCGAGGACUGAAAGGACCUCAUCACAUCUUCGAAUGCCGACGAACGAAUAUCAUGGGUUCAUUGGUCCAGGACGCCUCACCGUUUCUAUUUCCCUGUACAAUCGAAUACUCCCUUAUAUGUGCAGCCAUCCUUUACGUUAUGUGGAAAAAUAUUUCAAAAUACCCAUCGAAAGACGUCGCAGAAGCAAUAGCAAAGGCUCGUCUUUUAGAAGGAUUGGCUUACAAGAAAUCACCUCAUUUAUACAGUGUUGACUGCGCCAGAGCUCACAAAGGCUUAUUUUUUGGAAUUUUGGUCCUAGUUUUGACAAUUAUAUCGCUUAUUUUGUUUUUCGUUUUAAUAUCAAAAAAAGAUUACGCUACGUUAGCGGUUGUCGAAGUCAAUGUUUGCGAAUUGGGUUUAUAUGCAAUGACGACAUUUGCUAGUUUGGCGGGAAUGGUGUGCGUCCGAAAUCUUAAGUAUGACGGGAACAGGAAUCUGGAACUUGACAAUAUUCUCCUCGUCGGCGCUCAGACUGGAAUGUUCAUUUAUGGUACAUUUACGAUCAUUGGCGGGCACUUCACGAUAGAAAAGAAUACUAUACUUAUACUGAUAACGGCUUUAUCAUCACUGGUCCAAACCACAUGUCAGACAAUGUUUAUACUGGACGCCAGUCGGAGAUCGGCAAAAACACCGGAGCAAUUGCGUAAAAAACCUGGAAGGGAAAUAGUCACGUUCCUACUCGUCACUAACUUGGCGAUGUGGGCCAUUAAUACUUUGGAGAAAUCUCGGGCAGAAUCACAUCCUGUCCAAUUACAUUUCUAUGGCCUAUGGGCUUGGACUAUCAUAACGCACGUUUCGAUGCCGCUGGCGAUAUUCUACCGAUUUCACUCCACGGUAUGUUUGUGUGAAAUAUGGAAACGCGCUUACAAGAUGAAGCCAGCUUAUAUGUAG